AUGGGGGGAGGCGACUUGAACCUCAAGAAGAGCUGGCACCCGCAGACCCUGCGCAAUGUGGAGAAGGUCUGGAAAGCGGAGCAGAAGCAUGAGGCCGAGAGGAAGAAGAUCGAGGAGCUGCAGCGGGAGCUGCAGGAGGAGCGAGCCCGUGAGGAGAUGCAGCGCUACGCGGAGGACAUGGGCACCGUCAGAAAAAAAGAAGAGAAGUUGGAAUGGAUGUACCAGGGGCCCGGGGGCAUGGUGAACAGGGAAGAGUAUCUCCUGGGCCGCCCCGUGGAUAAAUUCAUCUUCGACAAGCUGGAGGACAAGGAUGCMGGCUGUUCCAGUGAGACCGGGCUGCUCCCAGGCUCCAUUUUUGCCAAGACAGGGGCCAAUUCUGUGCUGGACAUGGCAAACAAAAUCCGAGAGGAUCCACUUUUCAUGAUAAGAAAGAAGGAAGAAGAGAAAAGGAGAGAGGUUUUGAAUAAUCCUGUAAAAAUGAAGAAAAUCAAAGAAUUGCUUCAAAACAGUUUAGAUAAAAAGGAGAAAAAGAAGAAGAAAGAGAAAAAGAAGAAGCACAAGAAACAUCGACGUCGCAGUUCUAGCAGUGCAAGUGCCAGCAGUGAUGAAGACCGGAGCAGAAACAAAUCUCAGAAGAAGAUGAACAAUUCUUCCUCAAAACCUGUUCCUUUCAAGAUCCCGGGAUAUGGUUUACAAAUUAGAAACUCUGACCAGAACCACAAGUCUCGGAGCUCUCCGGGUGCCAGCCAGGAGAGGGCCCCCCACAAGCACCGGGAUCGCUCCAGGUCCAGGAGCCGGUCACGCUCCCCGCAGAGRCGCAGCAGCAAGAAGAGCGCGGAACAGUCUGGGUGCAGGAGGUCGAGAUCCCCUUCUAGACACAAUAAACACAGUCGGGAGGAGAAAGGCAAAGCUAGAAGCCCUUCCCCUAAAAAGGGCUACCGCCGUCAGCAUUCCUCGGGUUACACCAAAAAGAUCUCUCCUGAGGAACUAGAGCGUAAACGCCAGGAAAUGAUGGAAAAUGCCAAGUGGCGCGACGAGGAGAGAGCCAACAACCUCAGGAAACAUCAAAAGGAGGAGGAGCUGGAACGAGAGAUGGAAAAGCUUGACUCCCGAGAUGGGAAGUUCUUGCAUCGCUUAAAACUAGAGAGCACCUCUUCCACUCUAGAGGAUCGGGUGAAGCGCAAYAUCCACUCCCUCCAGAGAACUCCUGCUGCCUUGGAAAAGAACUUCAUGCAGAGAUGAAACUUGCCCUUCCCCUGCUUCUGUGCAGGAGUUAAACGGACACUUUGUUCCCCAAAGGUGAGAGAUCUCCAGCACAGAGCCUUCCUCUGGCUGCACGCUCUGCUUUAGAGGAGCAGUUACCAUCUCCCAAAGAGCUGCUGGAUUUCUGUGCUGCAGCCCGCAGYGUGUCCUGCUCUUCUGGCUUGGUGAAUAAUGAGUCUGACCUUGCAAACAAACCUUUGUUGGAGAACUGUGAGCCCUUGUAUUCUAUUUUUGACCUAUUGCCAGAUCUUUUCCUGCUCUCUCCACUUUGACUGGUAUCACUUUUGUAUAUUGUUAUUACUAGAUUAUGCCUGGUGGUAACUGCUUUUUACAUUGGGCAAAUUGUCCAAGCUCUUUAUAUGAUAGAGUGAAAGACCUAUUUUUAUUUAGUACUUAAAGACUGGGGCAGAGCAGAUUCAUUGGUGAGUUAAUUGAAUUUGGUAGCAGCCACACGAGUGACAGAACAAAAGCCAAUGGGUAAUUUACCAAUUUCACGGGAAAUUGGUAUUGACCGUAUGGAAUUGACCAUUUCACGGGAGCUCGGCGGGURACACUAGCCCAGUCCGUAGUGUGUCUGUAGAGGGGAUCUCAUGUGGAUUGGAAUGUUUUAGGCCAAAGGAAGCUUGUUCGGAGGAUAAGGAAUGAACAGAGUAUAGCUGAAUACAGCAACUCUUUCUCUGGGAAUUUUUGCAUUGCAAGUAAUGUGUAUAUGUACAGAGG